GCAGCAGCGGGAGCAGCAGCCUCAGUAACGGCGGCAGCAGCGGUCGGUACCGGCGGCAAAAAUGCCUGCAACGUGUGACUUCGUUACACUCCACACUGGGCAGAAGAUGCCUCUCGUGGGACUGGGAACUUGGAAAAGUGACCGUGGCCAAGUGAAGGAGGCAGUGAAGCACGCCCUCAGCGUGGGCUAUCGCCACAUCGACUGCGCCGCCGCCUACGGCAACGAGGCCGAGAUCGGGGAGGCCUUGCAGGAGUGCGUGGGGCCCAGCAAGGUUAUUAAAAGGGAGGACCUGUUUGUAACAUCAAAGCUCUGGAAUACCAAGCACCACCCAGAAGACGUAGAGCCAGCACUGAGGAAAACACUUGGAGAUAUGAAACUGGAUUACCUGGACCUGUACCUCAUGCACUGGCCUCAUGCCUUUGAACGAGGGGACAAUCCCUUCCCAAAGAAUCCCGACAACACCAUGCGUUACGACUACAUUGAUUACAAGGAGACCUGGAAGGCCAUGGAGAAACUGGUGGAGAAAGGUCUUGUGAAAGCCAUUGGGCUGUCAAACUUCAACAGUCGGCAGAUCGAUGAUGUGCUAAGUGUGGCUACUGUGAAGCCAGCUGUGCUCCAGGUGGAAUGCCAUCCUUACCUAGCUCAGAACGAGCUGAUUGCUCACUGCCAGAAGCGAGGGCUGGUGGUCACUGCCUACAGUCCCCUUGGCUCUCCGGAUCGCAUGUGGAAACACCCGGAUGAGCCUGUGCUGCUAGAGGAACCUGGGGUCCAAAAAAUUGCUGAAAAAUACAGCAAAUCACCUGCACAGAUUGUUCUCAGGUGGCAAGUGCAGCGUAAAGUGGUUGUCAUUCCCAAGAGUGUCACUCCUGCUCGCAUUCAGCAGAAUCUGCAGGUGUUUGACUUCAGCCUCACAGAAGAGGAGAUGAGCCACAUUGGAAACCUGAAUAAAAACUGGCGUUACAUCGUGCCAAUGAUUACGGUGGAUGGAAAGCUUGUAGCCAGAGAUGCUGGACACCCCCACUACCCCUUCAAUGAGCCCUAUUAACUGCUGGAAAACAAGGUGUUAAAGUAAUGCUCCAGUAAUUGCCUUUCCACAGAGUAAUUGUUGCCACGAUUUUUUGACAGUUGCCACUGUCCAAAUUAAAACCUUCCUUCCCAAGGGGGUUUUCCUACAAUGAACUGCUUCUAAUCCACCUCCUGCCUGGAGAUCCUGUAGCUUCUGUUCCAAAGUUUGUGGAUUUAUCACAAUGACUGCUGGCUGGCUCCUGGAGGCAUCAGAUCUUUUGGAGAUUAGAUAAAGAGUGAAGGAGUCUAAGCCAAGUUCCAAUCACAUCGUUAUCAGACAAGGGCAUUACUUUGGUUCCUACUGUGAAACGGUUUAGAAAACUUCAGUUACUACCAUGAUGAGGGAAAAAAAGGGUGAAGGUGUGAAAGUUUUUUAAGGCUAAAGAAUUGCUCAGCCAUCAACUUUGAUAUCUUUAUUAAUAAUUUUUUACAAAGGGAAUAAAGUGAAAGGUGCUACAAUUGCACUAUGUCCAUAAACCAUGCAUUAAAACCAAGUAAUCAGCCAUGCCCAGUGCUUUUUUCCACUUCAUAGUACUUUUGGGACCUAGAGUUGUCAAUUUUCUCUUUGUUUUAAUUUGCCUGUA